AUGCCCAUGUGUAGAGGGGCCAUGCGUCCGCACCUUCCUCCAGUUGGGUAUCGCCGUGCAGAUGCGUGCUCUGCGUGUGUGCAGCAGCCUGUCCUGCUCAGUCCUGUGCCAGGAUCCUCCAGCAGUGCAGGUCCUAAUCUGAAGGAAUGGCUCAGGGAGCAGUUUUGUGACCAUCCGCUGGAGCACUGUGAAGACACGAGGCUCCAUGAUGCAGCCUACGUGGGGGACCUCCAGACCCUCCGGAGCCUGCUGCAAGAGGAGAGCUACCGGAGCCGCAUUAACGAGAAGUCCGUCUGGUGCUGCGGCUGGCUCCCCUGCACACCGCUGAGAAUCGCGGCCACUGCGGGCCACGGGAACUGUGUGGACUUCCUCAUCCGGAAAGGGGCCGAGGUGGAUCUCGUGGAUGUGAAAGGACAGACUGCCCUGUACGUGGCUGUGGUGAACGGGCACCUGGAGAGCGCCCAGAUCCUGCUGGAAGCUGGCGCUGACCCCAACGGAAGCCGGCACCACCGCAGCACCCCCGUCUACCAUGCCUCGCGUGUGGGCAGGGCCGACAUCCUGAAGGCGCUCAUCAGGUAUGGGGCUGACGUCGAUGUCAACCACCACCUGACUCCUGACAUCCGGCCCCCCUUCUCCCGGCGCCUCACCUCCUUGGUGGUCUGCCCCUUGUAUAUCAGCGCAGCCUACCACAACCUCCAGUGCUUCCAGCUGCUUCUCCAGGCUGGGGCGAACCCCGACUUCAACUGCAAUGGUCCUGUCAACACGCAGGGCUUCUACAGGGGCUCCCCCGGGUGUGUCAUGGAUGCCGUCCUGCGUCACGGCUGUGAGGCAGCCUUCGUGAGCCUGCUCGUAGAGUUUGGAGCCAACCUGAACCUGGUGAAGUGGGAAUCCUUGGGCCCUGAGUCAAGAGGCAGAAGGAAGGUGGACCCCGAGGCCUUGCAAGUCUUUAAAGAGGCCAGAAGUGUCCCCAGGACCUUGCUGAGUCUGUGCCGUGUGGCCGUGAGAAGAGUUCUUGGCAAAUACCGGCUUCAUCUGAUUCCCUCGCUGCCUCUGCCAGACCCCAUAAAAAAGUUUCUGCUUUAUGAGUAGAAUUCCGGUGCAGCAGUUGAUUGCAGUAAGAAGAAGAUGAUCUGCCGUGAAAGUUGACGCCGAUUCUUGCCCCCGUGAACCACAUCCUGUGCUGCUGAUGGAAUCCCACUUGGCUCCUGGUAAAGCAGAAACCGCCUUGUUCUCAUGGACUGUAAUUCCAUCUCAGGUGCUUGGGGCAUCGGACAGUCCUGGGGUCAUUGUCAGCUGAAAAGUUCAUACAAAAUUCCAUUUCGUUCUUCCUCACUAUCUCUGUUGUGGAUUCUCACGGUAGCAUGUUAACCAAGUGGGCCUUGCAGUGUGUGUGAGUACGGGCCAAGGUUGGAGGCCUGCUAAUGGCUCCAGUGGGGAAGACGCCUAGCACUUUCCAGAACUGUGCUUCUGUUUAUAUUUUUACUUCUCAGCUUCAUUGUUUGAUUAAAACCUUCUGACACCUAAAUGAAAAGAGAGCUUUGGUUAAAAAAAAAAAAAAAAAAAAAAAAAAGUAGAGUACGGAAAUGCAGUUCAUGAAUUUGCUAGUUUGUUUUCCCUGCUCCUGGGGGUGACAUGUGGUAUUUGUCUACACACAGCCCUUCCUUGCCACUUCAGUGCCCUCUUCUUGUGGCAGCAGUGUCCUCUGUUAAUUGUCUCUAAGAGGGUUUCUUGGCUGCAUGGAUUGGCUGUGUUAGCUCAGUCAGUACCUGCAUCCUUUCAGAGUCUCACGGGAUACCCUUUGGCAGCGCUGCACCUGUUCUGAUACCUAACUGUGCCUAGUGUCACGCCAGCAGGUCUCAUGAAUUCUCUACCCCUUCACUUUGGGGAGCUUCCAGACACUGAUUGAUCUUAGGAGGCCCACACUGAAGAUCUAGCCAGGAAAAUGACUGCCUCCAUUUGGACCAAGGACUGCUCCAACAGCAUUCACUGCCAGUUCUAACCGGAGGAAACACCUGUGGCGCUGCCUUCUAGUCCUUGCACACUCCAGGACAGGGGGAUUCACUUGCCCUCUGGAUGGUUCCAAGCUUCCAGUUGCUUAGUGUCCAGUGAACAACACAUCUGGCAUUUGGUUGAUUGCUCUUUGCCUCUUUGGACCUGAUGGCUUUGUAGUUGCUCCUUGAACCUAAGGACGGGGCAGUGAGGUCAGGGGUCUUCCCUUGCCUCCUUGGGGCUGCUGGUAGGUGAGAUGAGCUAAGUGAUCAUCCCCAGGUGUUUGGCUGUGGGCAGGGGUCACUCACAUCCCGGCUGUGCAGCUCGGGACUGGCUGUGUCUGUAGAGGUGGGCCAUUGGCUGCCUCCUCAGAGCUCUCCAGGUGAUGCUGUUUCUUGGGAAACCACAUCUGGUAGUUUGAAGCCUCUGAUGACCAUUGUGUGGAAUCGUGGUGAUUCUCAGCUUCAGAAGUGUUUAGAAAUGGGUAAAUUCCAAAUCUGAGUUUAGGUUUUCUGUAGUAAGAGAGAUCUAAUUUGUAAUCAUUGAAUUAAUGAUGCAGGUUUACUCAUGACUGACAGCACUGUAUAUUUUAGCCGAGGAGACACACAGUGCCUGUCAUUGUCUUAGGUGGCUCGGGGAUAGAAUUCUCAACCCCUCCUCGUGUCAUGGAUGGCUCUGCCAGAAAGCCAGGCUGUGACCUGUAGGUGCAUGCGUGGAGACGGAGGGGAGAAGAGUCCCUUAUGAUUCGGGGGGAAGACAAUCACUGGAGACUCCACGUGGCUUCAGUGACCCUAUCACAAGCUGUGGCCAUAGUGUAACUGUGGGAUGGCUGUCGGACCUGCGAUUCGGUGUGUGCGCUGCUGCCGAAGGCCUGGGGGCCCUGGUUGGCUGGGCUUAUGCAGAGCUUGGGGCCUGUCAGAGUGACAUUGUGAGCUGCAGGUUGUGGGUAGCUGGUGAGGGCCGUUAGAGUCAGAGCCAGGUGCUGUGGCUGAGAAGGGAUCAGGGGUGUUCCUUGUGGCACUCGGGGUGGGCCCAGGACCGCAGUGAGGCUGUGGCGGGAGCUUUGGGGAGGUGGGGCUCUGUCUCCACAUGGAGAAGUUCGAGCCACCCAUGGGUGGACUGAGCCACUGGCAGGGAACUCAUGUCACCAGUGGUGUGAAAGCAGUGGCUGGUCAUCUUCUUGGUAGGGCUGAGAGAGUGUGGGUGGUAGUUCACCUUACUUUCAGCUCUUCCAACUCUGGGUCCCCUUUCCUCUGCCCUCUUGGCUCAGGUUCUCCCCAGGCACACUCUGCGUCUGCCCCCCUGGGUGCUUUCUGCAGAGGCCCGUUAAGGACCAGGCCUCUCCAGCACUGCCCGGGGUAGACAGUGGCUCUGUCCUGGACCUUCUGGAAAGCAGUGCCUGGGAAUGCUGCCAGGUCAGAAGCCUCGUACCUGUAGGCACAACCACCCGGCUGCGCCGAGGCAAGGGCCCAGCAGCAUGGUCUUGGGGUCCGUAGCCCAGGGAAGCAAGCGCGGGGCUGAUUUCUGGGGGAUUGAACGAUUUUUCCAGGGUCUCUCUUAAAGGAAUGGACUGAGCUGACCCUCACUGCUGUGUCUCCCCCAGACCUGGCCCGGGAGGCGGUGUGAGUCAGGAGCGCAGGGUCAGGAGGUGGGGCCUCUCCUGCUCUGCCCCUGGAGUGUGCUGUGCUCUAGGCCAGCAGCAGGGCACCAGGGCGUCCGCUCUUCCUUUGCAGAGGACACGUCUGCUGUUCAACCAGACUCUGCUGAUUCUUUCGGAAUCUGGACAGCUUUGAGGCUCACCGUCUAGUCUGAAACUUCAUAGCUGCCAAACAUGAAUCUGGAAACAGUGUACAUCGUUGCUUAAGGCCAUUCCUACUUGUUGUGAGUAACUUUCCUAAAGCUCCCUUUCUUUCUGUUGGCAAGGAUAGGGUAAUCAUGUUUCUGAGGUGUGGGGCACCAGGUCCCACGUAGCAAGGAAACGUAGUGGUGGUGGUUUGAUGAGGCUGCUGCCUGGCAGGCCCCAGAGCCCCGCAAGGAGGGGCACUACAGACCCGUGGGAACGAGCCAGUGUCCCCCCCAGCCUGGUCCCAGGAGUGUCCCGACUCUCCCCUCAAACAGAGUCCUGCUGUAGGCCUUGGCUGCUGUGGACAGGUGGACAGGGAUACCUCUGAGAAUUCCGCUCUGGCAUCCUGGGUGUGGAUUUUGAGUGUAUUUCCCAAAGCCAUCAAUGUCACACAUAGCUGUGCCUUUUCCUAUUACUUAUGUUAUUUAUGUAUUUAUUUAUUUAUGUCCUGCCUUGUUCUAGAAAAGGGUUGAAGGCAGUGAUGCUUGUUUUUGGGUUUGGUUUUUUUUUUUUUUUUUUUUUUUUUUUUGAUGCUUGGUUUUUGAUGUUCUGUUUUGACAUUUGGGAAGUUUCUGUCCACAUGCACCCAUUAGGUGAUUUUAAAAAGAGGACAAUUAGCAGUUUUCUAAUGUUGACUAUAUUUCUGUUCUCAGGCUUAAGUGCCAUCCUUUUUUCUUUUUACCUUCUUUCUUGAAUUGAUUUUUUGAAUAAAGGGUUCAUGUAGAAGUAGGAGGAGAGGAACAUGCAGCAAGCAUAGGUGUGAGCAAGGAAAAUCAGCCUUAGAGAGAAAUGCUUUGCCCAUGGUUGUCUGCAUGCUGCUGCACGGCCCAGGCAGGCCCCAGGCAGUGUGGAGGCUGCACUCUCACACCUGUACAUGCCCACAGGACUUUUGGGAGGACACACGGGAGAACGUGUGUGAGAGCACUUUGUACUGAGCAUUCCCUGUGACUGUAAACUGCCCUCGUGACUGCUAUCCCUUUCUCAGUGGAUAAGCAUUUGAGGGGAUGGAGGUGCUGGAAGGGCCUGUGACCUUGGGGAUCGGGCUUGACCUUGUGUCCCCCCCCUGCCCUCCCCCCCCCCCCCGCCAGGCAGCGAUGCUCAUGGGGGCCCAUAGCAUAGGCCUUUGGCACAGAGGGCUCUGUGCACGUCAGUAAGUACAAGGGCACAUGUUAAAUAACUUAUGAGGUCAAGUUUAUUCAACCUAGAGGUUUGUAUUUUAUUUUGAGAUAAUGUCCUUCCUAACUUGGGUGAUAAAAUGUACUUUUAUGUAACAAAGGUGAUAAUA